AUGCAGAAUCAGUCAAGCAUAGAGUUCAUUCUCCUGGGACUUACUGAUGACCCUCAACUGCAAAUUGUGAUUUUUAUAUUUCUCUUUCUAAACUAUAUGUUUAGUGUGAUGGGGAAUUUAUCCAUAAUCCUCCUUACCCUGCUGGAUUCCCGUCUCAAAACUCCUAUGUAUUUCUUUCUGCGAAAUUUCUCCUUCUUGGAGGUUUCAUUGACAACAAUCUGUAUCCCCAGAUUCCUGAGAAGCAUAGUGACUAAAAACAAAAUUAUUUCCUAUAACGGUUGUGCAUCUCAGUUAUUCUUUUUCCUCUUAUUGGGGGUUACAGAAUUUUAUCUACUGGCUGCGAUGUCUUAUGAUCGUUAUGUAGCAAUCUGCAAACCCCUACAUUACCUGACUCUUAUGAGCAACAAAGUGUGCUACCACCUUGUAUUCAGUUCAUGGGCAGCUGGCUUUCUGAUUACCUUUCCACCAUUGGUCUUGGGACUGAAAUUGGAAUUCUGUGCUUCCAAAGUCAUCGACCAUUUCAUAUGCGACACUUCUCCUGUGCUGCAGAUUUCUUGCACAGACACUCGUCUCCUAGAAUUACUUUCAUUUGUCUCAGCUGUUGUGACACUUGUGGUCACAUUGCUGUUAGUGAUGCUCUCCUAUGCAUAUAUUAUCAAGACUAUUCUAAGCAUCCCCUCUGCCCAGAAAAGAACAAAGGCUUUUUCCACUUGCUCUUCUCAUAUGAUUGUGGUCUCCCUUACUUACGGUAGCUGCAUCUUUAUUUACAUGAAGCCCUCAGCAAAGGAAAGAGUGACUUUAUCCAAAGGUGUAGCUGUUAUCUAUACCUCUGUUGCCCCUUUAUUAAAUCCUUUCAUUUACACUUUAAGGAACCAGCAAGUGAAACAAGCCUUCAAGGAUACACUCCAAAAGAUUUCCAUUUUCUUCAAAAAAUGA